GACAGAUUGACGUCAUCAUCAUUCAGAAGUUUUUGAUGUUCGUGCGUGAUAGAAAAACAAGAAAAUAUAAGUUCUCUCUCGUGAAAAUCUACUUGUUUUGCAAUAUCUGGUUAAUAUAAAUUACCCUUGAGCGCUAAGUACUCUCUCAUGUUCCCGCAGAGUUGAUUUCCUGUGUGUUCUUUCUUUUUUGUGCCUGUGAGCCCCCCGAAAUUUUUGCAUUUUGUCCGUGUUGCAUUCUUUUUUUUUUGUUUCUCACCUCGCUUGUCUCCCAAUUGGGACAACGCGACAAAGAACUGACGGCAUAUUCCCGUGGAUUAGAGCACACCUGCCACAGCGACACAGCCAUUCGCCAUGAAUUCCGAGCACGGAUUCAAUCCAGCCUUUAACAUGGCCAGCAUCCGGCAGGUCAUCAAUGAAGCCGUCGAAAGGGGUAUAAUGAGAAUGCCCACCCCAACCCGCCUCAGGGAUCUCAUUCGACAGAUCCGGGCUGCCAGGACGGCGGCCGAGGAGAGGGCAGUUGUGAAUAAGGAGUGCGCAUACAUACGGAGUACAUUCCGCGAAGAGGAUUCAGUGUGGCGAUGCCGCAACAUUGCUAAACUCCUCUACAUCCACAUGCUGGGCUAUCCGGCACACUUUGGACAACUGGAGUGCCUCAAAUUGACUGCAAGUCCCCGAUUUACAGACAAGAGGAUCGGUUACCUCGGUGCUAUGCUCCUCCUCGAUGAGAGACAAGAUGUUCAUCUACUUAUAACGAAUUGCCUCAAAAAUGAUUUAAAUAGUCCCACACAAUUUGUGGUUGGUCUGGCGCUAUGUACUUUGGGUGCAAUUGCUUCACCUGAAAUGGCACGCGAUCUGGCCAGCGAGGUGGAACGUCUUAUGAAAUCACCCAAUGCAUACAUAAGGAAGAAAGCAGCCCUGUGUGCUUUUCGGGUGAUCCGGCGUGUUCCUGAGCUCAUGGAAAUCUUCCUUCCUGCCACACGAUCACUUCUGAGUGAGAAGAAUCAUGGAAUACUAAUAACUGGUGUAACACUCAUAACAGAAAUGUGUGAAAACAGCCCGGACACACUGAGCCACUUCAAGAAGAUUGUUCCGAAUUUAGUGCGGAUCCUGAAGAAUCUAAUUCUUGCUGGGUAUUCACCUGAACAUGAUGUUAGUGGAGUCAGUGAUCCAUUCCUUCAGGUGAAAAUCCUUCGACUCCUUCGUAUUUUGGGACAUAACGAUCCCGAUGCAUCGGAGGCGAUGAACGAUAUUCUGGCACAGGUGGCAACAAAUACGGAAACAAGCAAGAAUGUGGGAAAUACCAUCCUGUAUGAAACGGUCCUAUCAAUUAUGGAUAUUCGCUCUGAGGGUGGAUUACGUGUACUGGCCAUAAAUAUUCUAGGACGUUUUCUGUUGAAUAGUGAUAAGAACAUUCGAUAUGUGGCACUCAAUACACUCCUGAGGACCGUCCAUGCGGACACAUCGGCCGUCCAGAGGCAUCGUACAACCAUCCUUGAGUGCCUCAAGGAUCCGGAUGUUUCGAUACGGCGUCGUGCCAUGGAGUUGUCAUUUGCACUGAUUAAUGGGCAGAACAUACGGUCAAUGACGAAGGAAUUAUUGGUGUUCCUCGAGAAGGCUGAUUCGGAAUUUAAGGCACAGUGCAGUAGUGGGAUGGUCCUAUCGGCUGAGCGCUUUGCCCCCUCAACACGAUGGCACUUGGACACGCAACUUAAUAUCCUCGUAGCGGCUGGGAAUUAUGUGCGCGACGAUGUGGUUUCAUCGACCAUUCAACUUAUUUCCAGUAGCCCGUCCACGGAGCAAGCUUACAUUUCGGCAAAGAUGUGGGAGGCCCUACAGACACCCAAUAAUUGUGAGGAUAAGCAACCCCUUUUGCAGGUGGCUGUGUGGGCAAUUGGAGAAUAUGGGGAUCUCUUUAUGUACGGCGAGAAGAAUGAUGGUACGAAGCUGAUAAGAAAUAUUGAUUUAUGUUUUGAAGUGAAUUCUUCAUGUUUCUUUUUUUAUUUGUUAGAUAUCCCUCGACCUGCGGAAAAGGAUAUUGUUGAGAUGUAUCAAAAGCUCCUCUGGGCACCACAGGGAUCAACAUCCAGUAAGCAGUACACACUGAUAUCGCUGGCAAAGCUCAGUACACGCCUACAAGCAGCACAGGAUGAAAUUAAGCAGAUAAUUGACGCUUUUGGGUCACAUUUGAACGUUGAUUUGCAACAGAGGGGCGUUGAAUUUUCCCAAUUGUUCAAAACACAUAAUCAUUUGCGCGCGGCAUUGUUGGAAAAGAUGCCACCGAUGCAACUCAAUCGGAUGUCAGCACAAAAUGGUGCUGGUGUCACGUCGCCAGAUGAGAAUGGUGGAGGUGCUGGGGAUUUAAUUGAGAAUGGUCUCGAUGAGGAGAAUGUUGUAACGAUAGCUGAAGGAUCGAAUGCUCUCUUGGAGCUUCUGGGUGGAACAUCGAGUCAGGAAAUUAGCAUUCCAAAUGCCCCAAAGGCAGUAUCAGUACCACUCCCAAUAACAGGUGGUGUAUCCAAUAAUAAGGAUUUAAUGGAUCUUCUGGGUGAUUUGGAUCUCUCAGCUGCUAAUAGCAACACACCAGCAGUGGAGAGUAGUACAAAUGGGAAUGUCCUUUCAAUGCCACCAAUUGUAUCACCAACAGUGGGAAUGAAUUUGGACAUUAGCAUGAGUAAUUCAUCACUCAUAACAGGCUUCAUGGAUGAUCUAUCGAUGCAAAGUGAUAAUCAGAGUACGACUCCUAAAUUAACUGCAUUGGAAAAGAAUGGAUUGUCUGUCGUUUUGGCACCGAGGAAAGCAUCAGGAUGCCUCCAUGUAAUUAUGACCGCCACGAAUUCAUCGCUCAACACCGUAGAACAAUUUUUAUUUCAGGCGGCUGUACCCAAGAGUUUCACACUACAGAUGCUCUCACCGUCCGGAUCGACUCUUCUACCCGGAGGAACGAUCACUCAAGAGAUGAGAGUCAGUCAAUCAUCAAAGGCCGUCUUACGAAUGCGAUUAAGAAUAUCCUACACAACUGAUGGGAAUCCUGUUCUUGAACAAACAGAAGUUAGUGGCUUUCCGGAAGAUGCAUUCGAUUGAAAUGCUGCAGAUGAAGGGACUUGUUGUGUGUGCGUGUGUGUGGUAGAAAAAGUAAGUCAGCAUCCAUUAACACGUUAAAGAGAAAAGGAAAACAUUUAAACGUUAGUUUUAUCGCCCCCCGCGCUCCCACAUAAAAAAUUAAGACGAAGAUGGAAAAAAGAGAAUUAAUUGGAAGACGAUUAAUGCCUCAUUUAAAAUAAAAAGAAAGAAAAAAAAUGAUAAAAUAUCAAAGAAAAAGAUUAUAAGAAAAUGAAAAAAUAUAAAUAUAAAAGAAAUUAUUGAAGAGUUUACUUAAGAAAUGAUGAUGAAAAAAUCGAUGUAAUAAAUUAAUUAAUAAAUUACCUAUAUUUGUUAUAAGCGAUUGAAUGAAUGAGAGAGAUCGUUAGGAGAUGAAGCAAAUAGGAACUUUAUUCACAUUUAUCCUUUUAUUGCAGAUCGUGUUAAAAUUUUGUGUUUUAUUUCUUCCUAAAACAAAAGGAUUUUUUGUGCAAAUUUUACAAAGCUUUUUGAUUUAUUUUCAAAGGAUAGUUCUUUAGUUAGAAAUAGAAAAAAACCGCAUUAACUAUCUUCAUCAAAAUUUUAAACAGAAAAUAAAUGAAAGAUCCGAAGAUGGUUUGUAAAUAAACGUACUGAAGUCAAUAAAUAUAUUUUUCAAUACAUAGCAAAAGGGAAAAAAAUUGUAAUAAAGCUAAAAAAAAAAAAAAAGAAAAGUUAAAGAAGCUCAAUGGGAAGUUGAAUAAAAUAUAAAAAUGAAAGAAAAAGACAUGAAUCCUGUAAAAUUUCAAUGUUGCUUUGUAUGAGCUUAAAUUCCAGAGUAUUUUUUGAUGAAGAAAAAAAUCUUUAAAGGUGUGAAAGAAGAAAAAACUAAUGCAAUUCUAGAGACAAUUUUUAUUAGAAAGAAAAAAAAACAAAUCAAUUUUCCCCUCCCAGAAUAAAUAAUUUAUUUUAUUUUCUAUUUAUA